AUGGUGGUGCAUUUCGGUAAUAACGGAUUAGAUGGUGGCGGUGGUAGCGAUGAUUGCUGUGAUUGCGGGUGUAGUAGUUGUGGCGUUGGUGGUUGUGAUGGCGGUGGAGGCGGUGAUGGUUGUGGAGGCGAUGAUAGCUGUGUUGGCGGUGGUGGCGAUUAUGCCAUUUAUGACGUUGGUGGCGAUGUUAUUGGUACUCUAAUUGGUGGCGAAGUCGUUUGUGGUGUCAGUGAUUGCGAAGUUGGCUAUACAGGCAAAAGUGACAGUGGUUUCGAGCGUGGCGGUGGUUUCGGUAGUCGCGGUUUAAGCGGUGGUAGUGGUGGUGUCAUUGAUUCCGGAGGUGGCAACGAUGGUGUUGUUGUUAGUGGUUUCGAUGGUGAUAUUGUUCAAGAUGGUUUCGGUGGUGGUGGGUGGUGGUGGUGGUGGCGGUGGCGAUAG